AAUGUCGUAGAUGUAACACGCAGAACAUGAGCUGAGGAGGCGUUCGUUGUACCUUUGUCCAAGCUAUCCAAACGCGAAAAUCCCACAAAUGGAUCGGGGGUCGAAGCGGAGGCAGGUGAAGCCUUUGGCUGACUCCUUGUUGGACGUUCUGGAUUAUGACAGCUCAGAUGACAGUGAUUUUGAAGUUGGAGAUGCGUCAGGUUCAGAGGGCACUGGCAAUGGGAGUGAUGAGGAGUGUUCAAAAGACAGUGCCGCAGGCUCUGAGAGCGACUCAGAUGCUGUUGGCUCAGCUGAUGAAGAGGGCAUAGAUGACGAAGAGGCCAAAGAAUUAAAUGAAGACACCGAAGAAGAGGAGAAAGCCAAGGAGCAGUCUUUUUCGGAGGAGACCAGCAGCAAAGAAGCAGGAGGAACCUCCAAGAACCGCAAAAAAGGAGAAAAAUCCUCAGAUACAGAACCAAAUGGUACUGGAACCGCAGAGGAAAGCUCAGCAGAGCCAAAAAAAUGGAACCUACGGCGUAACCGGCCCAUGCUGGACUUCACUACAAUGGAAGAGCUAAAUGAAAUGGAUGAUUAUGACAGCGAGGAUGACAAUGACUGGAGGCCCACACAAGGAAAAAAGAAAGGUAAGGCUUCAUCCGGGAAGGAGAAAGAAGGGAGCGAGGAAGAGGAGGACGGGGGCAGUGACGAAGAGGACAAUGAGGACGACGACAAUGAGACCAGUAGUAGUGACAGUGAGGAGGAAGAGAAGAAAUCAAAGAGGAAAGCAGGCAAGAGCACAGGGGCGUUUGAUGAGGAGGAGACCAAUGACAGCCACAGCACGUCACAUGGGAAGGGCAAUGAGGACUCUCUUUUGGAACGUCCCCAGACCUGGAGCUCCCAACGGAUGGAGCAUAUUCUUAUCUGCUGCGUGUGUCUGGGAGACAACAGUGAAGAUGCGGAUGAGAUCAUCCAGUGUGACAACUGUGGCGUGACCGUGCAUGAAGGUUGUUAUGGUGUCGAUGGUGAAAGUGACUCCAUCAUGAGCUCGGCCUCGGAGAACUCGACAGAACCGUGGUUCUGUGACGCAUGCAAGAACGGCGUCAGACCCAGCUGCGAACUCUGUCCCAGUCAGGACGGCAUCUUUAAAGAAACCGAUGCGGGGAGGUGGGUGCACGUGGUGUGUGCCCUUUACGUUCCAGGAGUUGCGUUUGGAGACAUUGACAAGCUGCGGCCUGUAACGCUCACAGAGAUGAACUACUCAAAGUAUGGAGCAAAGGAGUGCAGUUUGUGCGAAGACGCACGCUUUGCUCGAACAGGUGUUUGCAUCAGCUGUGAUGCCGGGAUGUGUCGCUCAUUCUUCCACGUUACGUGUGCUCAACGAGAAGGGCUGCUGUCUGAAGCUGCUGCAGAGGAGGACAUUGCAGAUCCAUUCUUUGCCUACUGCAAGCAGCACGCAGACCGCUUUGACAGGAAAUGGAAAAGGAAGAACUAUCUGGCCCUGCAGUCCUACUGCAAAGUGUCUUUGCAGGAAAGGGAGAAGCAGCUGACACCUGAAGCUCAGGCUCGAAUAACCACUCGGCUCCAGCAGUACAGAGCGAAAGCAGAGCUGUCUCGAAACACUCGGCCUCAAGCGUGGGUGCCACGGGAGAAGCUUCCCCGGCCACUCACCUCUAGUGCUUCAGCCAUCCGUAAGCUAAUGCGGAAAGCAGAGCUCAUGGGUAUCAGCACAGACAUCUUCCCCGUGGACACCUCCGAUACCAGUGCGAGCGUGGAUGGACGACGUAAACAUAAGCAGCCUGCACUCACGGCAGACUUUGUCAACUACUACCUAGAGCGGAACAUGAGGAUGAUUCAGAUCCAGGACAACAUUGUGGAGCAGAAGAACCUUAAAGACAAGCUGGAGACGGAGCAGGAGAAGCUGCACUUGGAGUACAACAAGCUGUGCGAGUCUCUGGAGGACCUGCAGAAUGUCAAUGGCCAGCUGAGGACUGAGGGCCAAGCCAUAUGGAGCAUGAUGGGGGGGAUCCUUGGACAGAAAUUGAACUCUCCUGCAGUUCUGAAAGCUCCCAAAGAGAGAAAGCCAAGCAAGAAGGAAGGAGGAUCACCAGGGAAGUCAUCAAACCUACCAGCUAUGCUUUACAGCUGUGGGAUCUGUAAGAAAAACCAGGACCAGCAUCUUUUACUGCUAUGUGACACCUGUAAGCUGCAUUACCACCUGGGCUGCCUAGAUCCUCCUCUCACACGCAUGCCGAAGAAGACCAAAAACAGCUACUGGCAGUGCUCUGAGUGCGACCAGGCCAGCAGUGAUGAGGCUGACAUCGCCAUGGAGACGCUACCAGAUGGAACCAAAAGGUCUAGGAGGCAGAUCAAGGGACCAAUCAAAUUCAUCCCUCAAGAAAUGAGCCCAGAGCCCAAGAAGCUUCAAGUGAGAGGGACUACUUGAGAUAGGGCUUGUCUUUCAGGCUCUCCAUGGCUUCCACUUAUCACUGUCCAGCAUUCUCUGAUCCUGCGAUAGCGCUCCGGCAGCCUGGCUCCCUUAAGGAAGACAAAAGAUAUCCAUCGGAGAAACGACAUGCUCUCCAGCCCUCCUUCAUUUUGUCUUUUUCAACCUUUUGUUUUAAAGCUUAGUCAAUAAACCUUUCCCUGACAGUUUUUUAAAUCGAAUUAGAAAGUAAAGCGCAAUUUUAUAUGGCUCCUGCAGCACUGCAGCCACUCGCCUUGCCUGGCGGCUGUCAAAAUAGCUCACACGCAGGUAAAAGAAAUGGCUCCUGGACAAUAUUUUUUGUUUGCUGUAUUUGCGUGUGAGUGUGGGCCUCGCGUAUGCCAGGCAGGGUUAAUGUGUUUUCCCUUUAGUCUCAGAGACGCCUGCCCAGAAGUGAGGCGAAGGCUUCAGUGGAGAGCAGCUGGAUUAAAAGGCUUUAAUUUUUUUUUCUCUCUUCUGUAGCUCCGGCUAAACUCUACCAGAGAAAGAUGCUUCACUGCAGAAUUUAUCUUCACUUGCACUCCAGAGUGUGGCAGCAGCUGAAGGAGCUCUGCUUUGCAUUUUUAAUGCCCUUAACCAGCCGGUGUGGCAGUGGCAAGCCGUUGUAAAGCUGUGUUCUGAUUUAUCACGGCCAAAUAAUCGACCCCCCGUCAUCCCUCCAUUCAGGAGUCCGUUGUGUUCAGCUUCACUAAUGUGCCGCACUGUUCGGCGGCCACUGAAUACCGAUUGUCCUGCACACCUGAAAUGGCUCUCAUGACUGGCACACACUGAGAUUUUGUCCAGACUCUAGAGAAAUAUGCUCGAAUAUGCACAAAUAAAAGCAUUGAAAGUCUUGCUAUAAUUAGUUGACUUGCAAAAGCUAGGGUCACUUUGAUCAUACUUUUUCCGAGUAUAAAACUCCGGCACUAUCAACAAUACAGACACAAAUGACACUUCUAGUUUUAAAGGGGAGCUAUUACUUAUCUAAGCAAUCAGACUUUUUGUUGGUGGUCUCUGUAGACGGUACAAUAGGUGGCAAAAUACCAUGUACUUACUUUAAUGGAGGUUUUUUGUGAUGUCUUAAAACCAGAAUAUCAUAGGCGCUUAGAGUUGGGUUCUUCAGAUUUGGCCCAUUAAGUAACCACCUAGCUACCUACCAUACAGACCACCCUAGCAACCACCCACAAGAAGCAUUGAGUGUAAUGGGACAAGCACAACUGCUACAAAAUCUACUGUAAUGCAUUAAUGUUUUUCUUUUAUUUAUUUUAAUUUAUUAUAAUUUAUUUCAUUUAUUUAUAAUUUUAUCACCAUUUUGUUGUUCUUUUUUUUUUUUUUUUUUUGCACUCUUGCUUUUACCCCAAAUAAUUCCAUAGUUUUACAGACUUUAUCAUAAGCAUAAGCAUUUUUCUGAUAAAACCCCUUUAAAUAAUAAAUAUGAACUUUUAAUUUUGACUCCUUUUUUUUUUUUUUUUUCUUUUUUUUUCACUUUUUGUUUUCAUUUUUUAUUUUUUCAUCUUUUGCCUCUGUGCCCUUUAGGUCAAAAUACUAUAGUAUAGUAUAGUAUAGUAUACUAUAGUUGUUGUUAUCUUUGUUUUUUACUUUGUAGCAAACAGUUCUUCUGAUCAAGCACCUUUUUGAUUAUUUUACAUAUUUGUCCUGGAUUUUAAGCCAUUAGUCGUCUUUGAAUUACCGCAGUAGUCUACUCUUUGUUACGGUCUCUUUGUAUGCACCAAUAGUUUUUCCAAUCUUGUGGAAAUUGAUUCAGUGUUUUUAAAGAUGCAGCAUUGCAAGGCCCUUAAUUAAAAAGUAGAGUUUUUUUCGCAGAGUCGUCUUGACUGUCCUCCUCCAAGUGUAGAUUGUUGUUUAUGUCAGCUCUUCGCCACGUUUACAGUUCUUUACCGUUACAUAGAGGAUCUCGACACUGAGGACCACUGAUCUAGCUUUUAAUAGAUUACCUUAAUCGAGUCUGCCGUAAUGAAGGAAUAAUGAAAUAAAUGAGUGCCUUUGUUUGGUGCCACCAUCGAGGGAGAAGUGGCAGAGGCAUUUAAGUGCCAAUUGGCAGUGUGGAAGCAGUUAGCAUUUAUAAUGAUAAGUGUUCCAUCUGCUGUGUGGUGGCAAGCCAAAGGCGACAGAUGGAAUUGUUUUCACAAUCUGUUUAAAUAUGUUGUCGUUUUUUUUCCUUCCCUUUUUAAAAAGCCCCAGCUUGGCACACUCAUGCGCCUAUUCGCAUUAAGGUGGAGACGUUUGAUUUGACUCGUGCAACGCUGCUGUUGUUUUUCUUGUUGUUUAUCAGUCACUGAUGGAGAUGAAGCAUUGAUCAGCCGAUGGUAGACAAGAAAAACAGUGCAAAAAGUGUCUCAAAGCGAACAGGAGAGUGCUCUGUGGAGAACGAGUUUGGAUACUCAAUCUUGGUUCGUGGCUCACACAAAAAUCCAAUUUAACAACCAGGGUUGACCCAGUUGUUGAAUGGCCUUAUAUCUGGAUAGAGAGGGGCAGCGGUUGAGAGGCUGUGGUCCGGGCUCUAAACAAAGGGAUUGAAUCCCUCUAUGGCUCACAAGGGGGAGCCGGACUGAAUGAGAGAUUUGGAUUAGAGAGGAGCACCACUGUUUGACAUCUGUAGCAGUUACAGUGAGCCGCAAGUCACCAGCUGCUCUGCGUGAGCUGUUUACUCGUGGAGAGCUUUAAACUUUGUUCUGUUCGGCUUACUGCCACAUGGCUUGAACAACAUUACAUUACAUUCCAACUGAGAAGAUUUUCAAAUCUCAUUUUACUUUAUAAAUAUAUAUAAUUUAUUUGUAUAAUGAAGCCCUGAAGCGCAACAUUAAGGACGUUUGGAAGAAUUUAUCAUUUAUUUUAGCUUUGUGCUAUAAUUUUGACUUCAUUACCUACUUCUGAAUAUGCCUAUUUCGCUAGUAUAAUGUAGGCCGGAAACAUUUGAAAUGAGUUAUUAGUUAUCAACACGACAGACUAUAUACUCCCGUCAUUCAUUCUCAGCCUCAAGGCCUUUGUUCAUCUUUGAAACACAAAUUAAUACAUCUUUGAUUAAAUGGAUGGUCAGAAAGCUCUCAGAUUUCAUCAAAAGUAUCUUAAUUUGCGCUAUGAAAAUUGAUAAAGAUCUUUCAGGUUUGGAACGACACGAUGGAGAGUAAUUAAUAAUUAAUGCAGCCUUUAAUUUGAUUAUCACAAUGUCAUGUGUCACUAUUUCAGUUUUAUUUCAAUUAGCUGUGCUGCCCCAUUUGUUUAUUUUAAUGUUACAUUGUUUACUUAUUAUUAUUCAUUUAUUUUUGCGAACUCACUCCCUCUGCAGUUCCCUCAUUUGGCAAAACCUUGUUCUUCCCAAUUAUUAUUGGAACAUGACAACACAACAGAACUAAAUGAUUCCCAUAAUUAUAAAAAGGUCAAUGUUGCAGUUGUCACAUUGCCCUUUCAUUGCAAUACAUUAUAUCUUGUUGUAAACAAUUAUA